AUGACACCGCAGUCUGAUCACAAAGAGCCAUCUAAAACCCCCAAGCUCAAAGGAAAGGGCGCUCGGCGAGUCAGUAAUUUGUCAGAAGAGCAACGGAAUAAGAAAAGAGAGAACGACCGAAUAGCCCAGCAAAACAUACGGCGCCGCAACAAGGAGCUGAUUGAGAAUCUUCAGCAAGAGGUGAACGCGCUCAAAAGAAAGCUGGGUGUCGAUAGGUUGAGACAAGCAUUGAUUCGAAAUAAACUGCUGGAGGCGGAGGUCUGCAACCUAAGGAAGGCCCUUGAGGCACACACCGGACGGCAAUAUCACGCUCCAGAUACCGACAGUCUCGGGUUGCCUAUAGAGGCGGAUGUGAACAAUUACGAGGUGGCGCACGCCUACGGAUCUCCUUACGGCGGGGGGAAUCCCUACGACCAGUGGCCGAGCAGCGUGGUGCCCGUUCCAGCUGCGGCCACGAUGCGUUCGCCCGAGUCGAGCCCAAGGUUAUCCGAGCCCAGGGAGGACUUCACGCCAGCUUACGGACACACGGGAGUGCCAAUGGCAAUGGGGCGCGUCAUGGCAACCCACACGUCGGCGCCCAGCCUCGAUUCGAGCAAGGCAAGGUACGAGGAGGCUGACCGAGGGCCUUCGACAAACCGUCACACCAACCAUGGCGGGCAGCAGUCUUCGACGUAUCUUCAAGAACAACCAUCCUGGCCGGCUUACCCUGUCACCCCGUACUACACCCACGCCACGUAA